AUGGUGCGCCCUUCGGUUCUCGUCACCGACCCGCAAGAGCCCACUCCAGAGGAAGCCGUCCAGCUGGCAGAGGCGGAGGGCUUGUCCUUGAUCACGUCAAACAAUGCGAGCGGCUACAUGAAUGUGUGGCCACGAGGGGGGGGCGAUAAAGACGGGUUCUAUGCCGUCGUGAGCCGGCUGGGCGUGCAGGUGGUGCUUGGCCGGUUCCGAUCGCGGGAGGCUGCGGCGCUGUGUUUUGCCCGCUCGAAGGAGGGGCGAGCGGCCGCAGAGAACCUCAAGGGCGGCCGCAACAAGUUCGACAACAAGGGCGGCAACAAGAGAACCUCAAGGGCGGCCGCAAUCCUGCCUUCGCCCAUCGCGAUCCCUCACGAGUGCCCCGUAUGCUUCGAGAAGCUCGACGAGGCUGGCGCCGACCCGGUCGCCAGCGCGUGCAACCACGUCUUUUGCCGCGCUUGCAUCGAGUCGGUGCAGAGCGACACCGCGACCUGCCCGCUCUGCCGCGCCACGCUCAUCGAGGGGGGGCUGUCGCCAGCUUCCACGGUGGCGACGGAGGCGGAGGGGCUGCGACUGCACCUCUCGAGCCGCGGCGCCACCGGCUACAAGGGCGUGAGCAAGCACAAGGGCCGCUUCCGAGCCAUUCACGAGGUGGACGGCAGGAGGGUCUCCCUCGGCUGCUUCGCCACGGCGGUGGAGGCGGCGGUGGCGUACGCGCGGCCCGUGCAGCAGCAGCGAUGCAGCGCUCCUGCGGCCGCCUCCGUGGGUGGCGCCGCCCUCCAGCGCGGGUUUCUCCGCCGCGGGUGGCGCCGCCCUGGCCGGGUUGGUGUACCUGUCGGGUGGGCGAUCGAAGAAUGGCGUAUCCAGCAAGAUGCGGUGCUCCGGCGGCCACCCCGCCGCAACCGGGAGGAGGCGCACGUCGGGCCGUCCAAGGUGCUCGUCGUCGGCGGGACUGUCGCGGAGAGCGCACAGGACAACGGCAGGCUGCCGCAGUUCAGCGCCCGCGCACAGGCACGGCUCGGGCUCGAGGACACGGGCCGCGUGCGCGGCGAGUUUGUGGCCGCCCACUCGCUGCUUGCGCUGCGCGGCGGUGACCAGUGA